AUUAUUCGAGACAAUGGAAAGAGGAGGAUUUUGAUCGAAAGAAACAGCGCGGGAAAAAUAAUUUUCUAUUUGCCUGGAAAUUAUUCGUGUUUCAACGAAACUACGGUCGACAUCUGUGUGAUAAUUUGCGCAUCGAAGAUGUUUUCUAGAAUGCAGCACCAUCUAUGCUUCUGUCGUGUUAAAAGCUAUUGGUUCUAAUUCUUAACCUCACUUUUCAUCAAGAAAAUGGCGUCUUGCAUAUUAAGAUUAUUUGGAACGCUUAAUUCUUUAAAGAAUUUUCAUGUCGUGGAAAAUGGUAGCAAAAUUUGUUCUUCCAUAUAUAAACAUAACUUUUUAAAGUCUCAUAUUCCUUUAAUGGACAAUAUUCGGAGUACAACAUUUUUUAAUAAACGUUCUGCCGAACAGUUAUGGAAAGGUGUAACUAGCGUUAGUAAUGCAGGGAAACGAAGAGGUAGAGCACGUGGAUUGACAAGAAAAAAGGAUUUAAAUAGAGGUCAAAUUAUUGGCAAGGGUAGAAUUCCGAUGCAGUUUCCUGGGUUAAAUGUUCCCGUUAUUAGAGGGAAAGAAAUAUUAAAGCAACAGAGAUUUCCAGAGGAUCCCGAAAGACAAGAGAAACUUAUUAAAUUACGUGAAUCUAUAUCGGCACGCAAAUCCGUUAAAUUGAGUUCUUUAGAACGUGGUUGGACUAGUCAUAAACCCGGAGGCAUGAAACUAGGUCCACCUGAUCCAGUGGGUGAUGAUACAUUUGAGGGUUUUGAAUCAUGGGUACUGGAAUCUAAGAUAGUAUCCACCAUGACUCAUAAUCUAGGACGUAAAAAUAGAGUUAGCUCAAUGGUUAUAACUGGUAAUGGAAACGGAUUAGCUGGAUAUGCCAUAACGAAAGCAAAGGAAAUGAAACAGUCUCUAAAUACAGCUAAGAGAAAAGCUGCAACCAAAGUGUUGUAUUUUGAUAGAUACAAUAAUCAUACUGUGAUACACGAUUUUUAUACGCAAUGUGGAAAGACAAAGAUAUACGUACAUAAAAUGCCAGAAGGCUACGGUCUCAUUUGUCACAGAGUAAUAAAAUGUUGUUGUCAAGCGAUUGGUAUAAAAGAUAUUUAUGCUAAAGUAGAAGGUGCUAUAAAUUAUCAAAACAUCGUUAAAGCAUUUUUGAUGGGUCUUUUACAGCAGAAAACGUUCCAACAAAUGGCAGAUGAGAAGCAAUUACAUUUGGUCGAAUUUAGAGAAGAAAAUGACAAUUUCCCUGUCGUUGUCGCCUCUCCAGCUCGAGUCAGAACAGAAGACGAAAUAAAACCAAACGAGAUUUUAGAUUUUAAUCAAUAUCUAAUGGAUGGAAAAGUUGUAUUGAGGAAAAAGAAACCUCCUCCGUUUUAUACUAAGCUUGAUUCUUGGAUUAUACAUCAAAGAAGAAUGGAACGUAUUAGAAAUAAGGAUGAUGUUAGAAUAAGAUUGCUUGCAGAAUAUGGUACCCUUCGUAGUUUCCUUGCUGAUAAAUAUCCAGAAGCAAAAGCAUUAUUAUGGUCUAAGAAACGAGUACAAGCAGAAAAAGAAGCGCAGAGAGAAUAACUUUAGAUUAUUCUUUCAAGAUUGUAGGAAUCUAGUUGUAAAUAAAAUAACAUUCAUAAAAAUAAAAUUAAAGAAUGACUUGAAGAAAGAAUUUAUAAGUGAAAUUAUAAUCAAAUAAAAAAUUAUAAUUCCAUUUA